UGCCUGUCUAACCUUCCUUCCAGACCAGGUUCAUCCGGUUUUGUCUAGGCAGUUUUGUUCCGCUCGAGCAGAAAUACGAGGCCUGUGUCAGCCUUGUUAUGGCCUGUGUGCCGAAGCAGAGGCUGUGUUGUGAUCAAGCCCUGACGACAGCAUGGCUUUGUGGACAAGCUUGUCCCCGAAAUUCAGCCGCAGUUUCUUUCCACUGAAAUUUGUGCGAGAGAAAGACAGAAAAAUGCUCUUCCUGGAUGCUUUUGACUGGCAACUGAAAAUUUUAGCUUCUAUUGCUGGCCGCUAAAAGGGGAUGGUUACUAGUCCAAACAAUGUACUUUCUGAGAUCUCAUCUGGAAGUGCUGCAAGAAGCAUUAAGCUUGCUCGGAAAAAGGAUCUGAAAAGCAUUCCUCCACUUGAACCAGAAGUUCUUUCCGUUUUUGUACCUCCAUUUAUCAGCAAGCAAGAUUUACAAGCCCUUCCUUUUAAUAGUAAUGCUUUCAAUAAAGCAAAACGCCGUUCCUUUCGAAAAAAGAAAGAGAAAUUUAAGAUUGAGAAUGCAAAGGCUCUGAAUGGAGCCCCCAAAGUACCUGAGGAUGAAGAUGUCAGCGUUCCCAAAGAUGUCGACCUCAAUGGAUUGCCCCAGCUUUGCUUUCCAGGAGGAUUUUAUAUCACAUGUGAAUCUAGAGAGGACCACAUCCAUUUUCUUGUUUUCACAGAUGUUUUUGGAAACCGAACGUACGGAGUUGUGGCCCAGUAUUACCAGCCUAUGCAAGAUGGACGCCUCUACAACGGGCAGGUACAUUGGGAAAACACACAGGGCUCUAGAGUCGAUACGUGCUUUGUACCAUUUGCUGUUUGUGUCAUAUCCAGGUAUCCAUAUUUCAAUGCCCUCAAGGACUGUUUGUCUUGGUAAGGAUGAAUAUUUGGGUUCCUUUUUCUUUGUAAGAACAAAUAUAACUGCUGUGAUAGAGGCAUGAUUUUCUUAGCAGUUACGAGAAUUGUCAGAAUAUGAUAAGCAGGGGAAGCUUAACGCCGAAGACGAAUUGAUACAUUGAUAAUUAACAGCAUUUAUGUAGACUUUCUUUUCUGAACGUGAUUUCAGUUUUCACAGUUCGAUUUCUUUCAUACUGAAAUCGUGUUGAUUUCCAUUUGACAGUGUUUCUCAUGAUGACUGAUUUUUGUAGAGAAGAUUUCAACAUGAGGGGUAGACUGUGUCGCCAUUAGAUGGACACAGGGUUGGUUGUGCAAUCGUACCCAACAAGUAUAUGUCAGUGGCUCUUUGUCAAGCACACUUUUAUUGUUAGUGCAGAUGUAGUUCUAAUCUUCCAUAUACAGGUAGUCUUCGUUUAGU